GACAACGUACAACCGAAGUUUUCGUUUCGAAUUUCGAAAGUUCAAUUUUUUUUUUUUUAAUAAUAACGGCCCGCCGCAUUCGAAUUUUGCGCGUUGGCGUUUUCGAAAAUUUAAGUUUCCUGUGAAUUUUUUUGUGUUUUUGCAAAACUUAUUUGUGGGAUGUUUGUGAUUUCGGACGAAAUCGAGUGAAAUUUGCGAAAGUUCUCACAGCUGCACGUUCAAUUUGUACUACAAUCUGGAGUCCAUCAAUCAAGUUCCACUCAGCGGGGACAAUUGAAACGACCUAUGAACAUCAGUAGCACUUAAUAUGUCCAACUAGACCAUUCAGUGUCCCUGAACGAUGACAAGUGUCGAGUGAUCUUCAGAGGGAAAGAAACGAUAUACUGUUACCGAUGAACGACUUAAAUUACAACGCCGGGAUGAGCUCCUACCAGUUCGUCAACUCCCUGGCUUCGUGUUACGGGAACCAGGCUCCGGGUCGUACCGGGACACCCGUAGAACAAACAGGCCACCCCGGCUUGCCUACGCCGGGAGCGGACUAUUACAAUCCUAAUGCGGCGGCAUCAGCAUAUCCGAACGCAUGCUACUCGCCACCGCAAGUCGGGCAUCAUUACCCGCAACAUCCGUACGCGACGCCCGCAUCGGGAGCCCAUAUGCAACCGCAGACGAUGAUAGAUUAUACUCAGCUACAUCCACAAAGACUCGGGAGUACGGCUAGUCACAUGCAUCAACAUUCUAAUCCGAGUCCUGGGGCGUUGUCCCCAAAUUUGAUGUCCACCCCGCCCAGCCAAGCUACGGGAGCCAGUUGUAAAUUUGCUGAUUCUACAUCGACCACAGGAGUGCGUCGCCUCAAGAUCUUUCUACUUCAUCUGGGCCGGGAAGAACCACCAGGCUUCGGUAAUGUUGGUGGUCCGAACCCUAGUGGAACCAACAGCACCAAAUUAGGUCUUACCACUCCAAUAGCGUCUCCCGUUGAGCACAAGGCUAAUGUGAACCAAAAUAUUUCAAGCCCGGCCUCUAGCACGUCGAGCAACGAAAGCAACGAUGCAAAUAACUCCAGCUCAAACAACACCAAGAAUUCCAAGUCUUCGGCUAACUCGCAAGCUAAUCCUCCACAAAUAUAUCCAUGGAUGAAGCGCGUGCAUCUUGGACAAAGUACGGUGAACGCGAACGGCGAGACGAAACGUCAGAGGACGUCAUACACUCGGUACCAGACGCUGGAGCUCGAAAAAGAGUUUCACUUCAACCGGUACCUGACGCGGAGGAGGCGGAUCGAAAUCGCACACGCGCUCUGCCUCACCGAGAGACAGAUCAAGAUCUGGUUCCAGAACAGACGCAUGAAGUGGAAGAAAGAGCACAAGAUGGCCUCAAUGAACAUAGUGCCAUACCACAUGAAUCCGUACGGCCACCCUUACCAAUUCGACCUUCACCCGAGUCAGUUCGCCCAUCUCUCCGCAUAGGAUCAGUGGAAUUUUUCGAACAGCGGAUAACUGAUUUAUUAAACUAGACAGUUGUCCGUGUGUCACACGGGGUUGCGUGUGACGAGUGAACCUAACGGUCCGGCGUCACAGCAACCAGACUGGGUCAGUUAUUCGCUGCUUGAAAAAUUUCUCUAGUGUAGUCUAAUUUGUUGAAAUUGUUUUGACAUUUGACAGUGACAAUAUAAAUUAUAUGAAAGUGUUUGUGAAUAACAGUGAAUCGAACCAGCGGGGAGUAGUCUUCGUAAAAACAAUUAAUAGUCGGAUAAACAUCGCGCUAUUACGAGCAAUAGUGUCCAUUUAAAUGUUUCACAAUACAGAAGAAGGUAAUAAUGUAAUGUCAUGAAAAAUGCGAAUGGACUUUAUAAGUAGAAAAGAGUACCUAGUCAUAAGCUAUAAUAAUUCGAACUAUACUAUAUUAUCGUCUUUAAAAUUGUAAGAUAACAAAGUAAAUACGUAAUUGUGUAAAUUGUGAUGAAUAGAUAAAUUAGAAUAAGACUUGUGUGUUAGAUGAAGCAAAUUAUGAUUUAAAAAAAAAAACUAUACACAAUGUACAGCCAGUGGUUAUGAAAUCAGUAACAAAUUCGGAAUUGUACAGGGAUAGUGUAAAAUUGGGAAAUCCAAAAUUAAUUCGCUACUGCAAAAAUGAGAUGUGCAUUUCAAACGUACAUCACUGAGUAUAAUAAUAUCAGUAAUAAUUAAAUAAAAAUACUUUAGUAAAAAUAAUUAGGUAAAGCUUGUGACGAGCUGUUAAAUAGACUUUAUAAGCUUAGUUACUAUUAUAGAUUGUUGUGAAUAGUUUCGACAUUCUUUCCUAUUGUAAAUAUUUGUCGUUCAGUAGUUAUUAAUGAUUAUAAAAAUUUAAUAUAUAAUUCGAUAAUCAACGCGAAGAACUGUUUUAUG